AUGGCAUCACAUCAACGGACCAACGUGGCGGAUUUCCCUUACUCCCCACUCAACGAAAGCCGCAACGAGAUUCGCGUUCUCAACUUACAGACACUUGAACUACCACCACUCGCCAAGUUACGCGACGAGCCUCCGGAGUGGCAUGGUCUCGUUCACUGUACGCUGCAGCACGUUUCUCUCGACGCUCAUCUAUCAGAUUACCGCCUGUUUGAAUCAAAUUCUCAAAUACGGCCACUAUCCAGGCGUAAUAGUGACGAGGGCUGGCGCCGAUUCUCAAACGAGCGAUAUCGCUCACUGAGCCCAACGAGGGCAAGCUCGCCGCCUGAACGAGACCGGUCGCAUCAGAGGUACCAUCGCUUUGCAUGGGGCGACUACGGAGCACUCAGCUAUGCUUGGGGCGAUCAGACUGUCAAAGUGCCCAUCAUCAUGGAUGGCCGAGUCAUUCUCGUGGGCCAGAAUCUUGAGGCAGCGCUGAGGGCCUUGUCUUCGGACCCAGACUAUGUUGGUGGCUUAAAGAUUUGGGUCGAUGCCAUUUGCAUCAACCAGAAAGACCUGGUAGAGCGCAAUCGUCAAGUCAAGCGAAUGCGUAUAAUCUAUGGCAAGGCUCUGAUUGUAUCGAUCUGGCUCGGCAAGGUUCCAGACGACGCUAUCCACGAUGUUGCACUGCUGCAUGAGUGCAUCGUAAAGUGCAAAGACGACCAAACAGCUUCCGAGGUACUUGAGAAAGUGCUCGCCGAUCCGACAAAGAAGGAGACCAUUAGGAAUUCGAUUGACAUUGUCGUUAGCGCACAAUAUUGGACCCGAGUGUGGGUUAUCCAAGAAAAGUGCCUUGGGCCGUUCAAUCCCUCAAUUCUCUUUGGGACGUUCCGCAUGGGGUUGAUCCCGUUGAAGAACUUCCUGCAGCGCGCAACCAACAUCCGUGGUGCCGUAAGGGCUCGAGAGAAGGUGUGGCGGGUGCUUAAGCUCGUUGAGUUGGUUGAAGCUAACCAGGAGCGCGUCCGUCGUGGUCGUGCGCAGACUGCAGAAGAAAGGAGAAAGGACCAAGAUGAUUUGGGGCUGUUACUCAUGGUUGGACGUCUCGCUGGCUCACUUGACCUGCGAGACCGGCUUUACGGUUUGAUGGGGAUGAUCCCCGACUAUGUGACGAAACAUGUCGAGCCAGAUUACACAAAAGAUGUAUCCGAGGUGUUCUGUGACUUUGCCAGAGCACUCGUAUCCGGCUUCGAGUCUUUCGACAUCAUCCUUACUGGUACAACGGACUCUGACCUGGAGCUUCCGUCUUGGGUACCUGACCUGACUUCGGCAUGGGACCCCUAUCUCUGGGGCACUGACUGCGAUGCUAGCUGGGGACAAGAAGCAGAGUUCAGAUUGGAGAAUGAUGGGAGAGUGCUGGUGACAAAAGGAUUCCAAGUUGACGUGGUGGACGGAACGGCACCUCAUUUAGGGUGGGCAAGGGGAGGACUUUCAGUUUUGGAAGAUGCUGUCCAGCCAGCUUGUACGACAUUGCCGGAAAACGCGAAUGAGGCAAUCACAAGAACCUUGCAUCGAGCAGCGAUCUAUGAUUGCCACACGGGAACAACGGUCCUUGACAUCCCAUGGCUCGACAGCUUGGAUAGCAAUGACCCAAAUGUUAUCGCACUGAAGGAGCGUGGUUGGGGCCCAGUCCUGAAUCAUGCCAACUUGUACGACUUGAAUCAGUUCCGAAAGCAGGUCGCCGCUCAUUGGAGACCGUGGGGUCGCGAUUUCAAGAGUUUCUUUCCCCGUGUUGAGGAUGUGGGGAUGUGCAAGAAUCCUAAGGCGUUCGUCGAAUCUUUGGAUAAGCAUGUGGGCAUAGAAAGGGGACUCGAUCUUCGUGAUCAAAGGCUGCUCCGCGCCUAUCGUUAUGCGGCAACAAGGUAA